GUUGAAACAUAGAAGCUUCAUGGUCAAGGAAAGACGGGCCCUUCUUUUUUGCAGGAAAAAGCUCAACAAGGUGCUCAACUACUGAGUAGAAGUUGAGAUAGUAGCAGGAUAGGCACUUUACUAACAGUGAUUGUUCGAAUUCAAAUCUUGCUAUUAAACACUGAAUAAGUUCAAGAUUGUAGUUUACCGUUAUCCCUUAAAUUUUCAAAUUCUCUCCUUUUAUUCAAAUCUGCACAUGGAAAGAAUCCUCUUUUACUUUACUUGGGGUUUCGCUUUCCCUUUCUUUUACCAUUUUUAGUUUCCCGGGCCUCAAAUCUUGAACUGCUGAAACCCUUUCUCAUACUUGAAAACUAUUUAUAUUUUUCAACAUCAUAUAAAUAAAUGUCCACUUCCUCACCUUAUUAUUGCAGGUGGAGUCUGAUUUUGUUAGGUUUCUUGGACUUGUUUAAAAAUAAAAUUGGCUGUAUUUUCCAGAAAUGGAUAAUUUAUCGUCUAACUCGGAGGAGAGUUAUGAUCAAGAAACAGAUGAAUCCCCCAGAGUAACAGCGGCAUUGAGUGGGGAUUCUUCUUUCGGGUAUUGCAGAACAAAUUCAGAGACCUCAACAGAUGAUAAUGGCGGUUCUGGGACAUCGUCCCCUGUGAUAUUUCCGCUCUUCAAAUCCCCAAUCCGUAACGCCCUUUCACGGCUUGGAAUUAGACAUCACAAGAACACUGCAGAUGAUCCUGAGACAGUUGAUUUAGAGAUGGAAUUGAUGAAGGAAAGGUUUUCAAAGCUGUUGUUGGGAGAAGACAUGUCUGGAAGUGGUAAAGGGGUGUCUACAGCACUAACAAUCUCAAAUUCCAUUACUAAUCUUUUUGCUUCUGUUUUUGGUCAGCACCAGAGAUUGGAACCUUUAAAUGUUGAUAAGAAGUCAAUGUGGAAGAGAGAAAUGAAUUGUCUUCUCUCUGUCUGCGACUACAUAGUAGAAUUUUUUCCUACUUCACAGAAGUUACAGGAUGGCACCACUAUUGAGGUGAUGACAAGUAGGCCAAGAUCAGAUAUCUACAUGAAUCUUCCAGCAUUGAGAAAACUGGAUAACAUGCUCUUGGAGAUUUUGGACAGUUUUGAAACAACUGAGUUUUGGUACACAGAGAAAGGAAGCAUGUCAGGGAACUCAAGGCGGCAUGGAUCAUUUAGAAGGGUAAUUCAACCUCAACCUCAAAGGAAUGAGGAAAAGUGGUGGUUGCCAGUUGUUUGUGUUCCGAUAUGUGGGUUAUCUGAGAAGUCAAGGAAGAAUUUGAGGCACAAAAGCAAAUGUGCUAACCAGAUUCACAAAGCGGCAAUGGCCAUUAACAGUAGCAUUCUUUCUGAUAUGAAAAUCCCCGAUUCUUACGUUGCCUCACUUCCAAAGAGUGGGAAAGCAAGUGUGGGUGAAUCGAUUUAUCGGUACAUGAAUUCAGCAGAGAAGUUUUCACCUGAACAUAUUCUUGAUAGUCUAAACAUAAGCUCAGAGCAUGAAGCACUUGAGUUUGCAGACAAGGUUGAGGCUUCCAUGUAUACAUGGAGAAGAAAAGCUUGUUUAUCUCACGCAAAAUCCUCAUGGGAGAUGGUCAAAGAUCUCAUUUCUGAAAUUGAUAUAACUGAUAAAAAUCAUGUUUUAGCAGAAAGGGCAGAGAGUCUGCUGUUUUCAUUGAAGCAAAGGUUCCCUGAACUCUCACAAACAACACUGGACACGUGUAAGAUCCAAUGCAAUAAGGAUGUUGGGAAAUCAAUAUUGGAAAGCUAUUCAAGAGUGUUGGAGAGUUUGGCAUUCAACAUCGUGGCUUGGGUUGAAGAUGUGGUUUUUGUAGAUAAGACCAUGAAAGACCAACACAUUAGUAGUAAGUAGUGCGUAAGAUGGAUGUUCAUUCCAAAUUAUUAGCUGAGAAGGCAUCCUAGUCUGAUUAACUCUUAUUCCAAUACUUCAACUGUAAAUCAAAAUACAGAUAGCCAGUGUCUGCACAUUUGAGUUAGUAUAAACCGAAAUUGCCUCAAAUAUGAGUAAAAACAAUGCAGAAUUAUAAAAUAGGAGCAUGGCCGUCUAAUGAAUUUGGAGGCCCCAGUUCUAAAUGUAAAGUCGAGGCCCCACAUAACCACAUUAAUAUAAAAAAAUUAAAAAAAAUCUCAAUUCAAAUACUUAUACUCACAUCAUUUGAAUACUCCUUAAAAGAAAACUAAAAAGUGAAAGAGCCAGUGAAAAAAACGAUGGAUCUAUAUUUUUCUAUAUUUUUCUUCUUUAUUAACUGUAUUUUACUGAAUAAUGUAUAAUAUUACUAUAUACAACAACAACAACAUCCAAGCCUUAGUCCCAAAUGAUAUUGAGGUCGGCUAACAUGAAUCGAUAUAUGAUAUCACAUUAUCACCAAAAGGAAAAGAAAGAAACUAAAGAUAAAAAAGAUAAGCUAUUAUAAAAAAAAAGAUAAUAUAAAAGAGAUGAAUAUACAUAUAAAAGAUCAAAUAAAAAGGAUAAGGUAAUAUUUAUAUAUAAGGAUAAAGAUAUAAGAGAAAAGGAAAAAAAAAAAGAAGAAGAAAAAAAGAUGAUACAAGAUCACUCCUCAACACGAAUACCCGCCCUCCAUUUUGCUCUCUCCAAAGCCAUACCCUCAUCCAAUCCAAGAAGAAGCAUAUCACUUCUGACUCCCCUAACCCACGUCUGUUUGGGCCUUCCUCUCCCUCUCUUCCCUACCUCUUCUCCACACAUCUCAACUCGUCUGACAGGUGCAUCACUCGGUCUUCUAUGCACAUGACCAAACCACCGUAGGCGUGACUCCCUCAUCUUAUCUUCAAUAGGUGCUACUCUCACCCUUUGUCUAAUUGUCUCAUUCCUCACGCGGUCCUUUCUAGUAUGCCCACACAUCCAACGCAGCAUGCGCAUCUCUGUCACACUCAUCUUUUGAAUGUGACAUUGUUUCACCGCCCAACACUCCGUGCCAUACAAUAAUGUCGGCCUAAUUGCUGUCUUAUAAAAUUUACCCUUCAGUCUAGUCGGCAUACCUCGAUCGCAUAGAAAUCCUGAUGCACUCUUCCACUUCAUCCACCCUGUUCUGAUUCUAUGGGAUACAUCUCCAUCUAACUCACCUCCUUCUGAAUUAUGGAGCCCAAAUAACGGAACAUAUCGCUGACUGGUAUCUCCUUACCAUCUAAAGUAAUUCCGCUAUUACCACUGCUUCUACCUCCACCAAACUUGCACUCCAUGUACUCUGUCUUGCUCCUACUUAGUCUGAAACCCUUGUUCUCCAAUGUCUGUCGCCAUACUUCCAACUUUGCUUUAACCCCUGAUUGCGUCUCAUCAAUCAAUACAAUAUCGUCGGCAAACAUCAUGCACCACGGUAUAUCG